GGCAUGCCCCAAACCAUCAUGGCUGCCGAGGACAUAUACAAAUACAGGCAGGCGCCGACGGGACCCUCCUCCCGGGACCUGCCCCCGAGGGGUGGGGCUGAACUCGCCUCCCCAGGGGCUGCCACCUACGGGAACUACGCUGAGCACGCCUGCUUCAACCUAGCUAAGCUGAACGAGCAGAGGAAGACCGGGGCGUUUUGCGAUGUCGUCCUGCGGGCCGAGGGGAAACAUUUCCCCGCCCACCGAUCCGUCCUAGCCGCCUUCUCGGACUAUUUCGCGGCGAUGUUCCAAACUCAGCUCGCUGAAGGCAGCCAGAAGGAGAUCAAGCUGAAGAACGUCAGUGCUGUAGCCUUAGAAGCCAUCCUAGAUUACAUGUACACAGGGAGCAUCACCAUAGACUACAACACUGUCGACAAGAUCCUUCCUUCCUCGGACUUGCUUCUCUUGAGCGACGUAAAAUCCUUCUGCGCGGACUACCUGGAGAAAAACAUGGAUUGUUCCAACUGCUUGGGCGUCAGGUACUUUGCGGAGACCUAUCGGCUCGGAGAUUUGGCCCAGAAAUCAGAAAAAUUCGUCCUGGCGAAUUUUCCCGAAGUCAUGACGCAUGACGAAGUGCUAGAACUGCCCUUGAACAAGCUGGAGGAAUUGUUGACAAACGAAGCCAUCUGUAUCCGAGAGGAACGACUGGCCUGCGACCUGGUUCUGAGAUGGGCGGCAGCGGACCCAGACAAGCGGGUCGCCCACCUGGCCCGUGUGCUGGCCCUCAUCCGCCUUCCACAGCUCUCUCCGUAUUACAUCCACGACAGCCUGGACAAAAACCCGCUGCUAGCCCAGUCGUCCGACUGCAAAGCCCUGGUGGAGGAAGUCAAAUUGUACCACCUUUUACCUGAAAGGCGCGCCGCCAUGCGGCUAGCGGGGUCAGCGCAGCCCCGGGCGUGUAAUCUGACGCGUGAUGUCAUCGUCCUGCAGUGCGGGAAGACGCCGGCGUCGUGGUACGAGUACGGCGUCAACAUGACCAUGUGUUACAUGCCUGACGACGGCCACUGGUUUCCGUGGCCUCCAACGCUGACACCGAGGAUCAACCACUGUGCUAUAGCGCUAGAGGGGGCAAUCUAUGCCAUAGGUGGGAUGGACCAUGCCGGAAACGUGCUGCGCUCGGCCGAACGGUUCGACCUCCAGAAGAACGCCUGGUACCCCAUCGCCUCCAUGAGCGUGGGCCGCUACCACUGCGCAGUCGCCGAGUUUGAUGGACAGCUGUACGUCUCCGGCGGCAUCACGGAUCACACGCGCGUCCUGCCAUCUGUGGAAAGAUACGACCCCGGGAGAGACGAGUGGACCACGCUUGCGCCCAUGACAGAACCCAGGUUCUACCACCAGUUCGUCAGGAAGGGAGACAGACUGUUCGUCUUGCUGGGCAGGAAUAGCAGCUACUUCAAUACCAGUACGGUGGAGAUCUAUGACGUCAGAAGAGACCAAUGGAGUGUAGCCUGUCAGAGAGAGCCGCCAGUGGAGCUCCACCCCACCUGUGACCGGCCUGUCUGCACUCUGACCCGGAACCUCAUCCACCUUAUCCACCCCUGCGGCGCGUCCGUGGCUUACGAUGACGCCAGAUCCACCUGGAUGACGUCACGUGUCCUGGCGCCCGUCCCUGGCCACCAUCCUAACUACUCCUUCUUCAUGCACGGCCGCGUCAUGUACGCGUUCGGACCCCACCUGUCGCGUUGCUAUAGUUACGACAUCGACUUGGACAAAGACUGGAAGGAGAUCUCUCCCCUGCCUGUGCAGGGAGACCUGCUCAUCACCCCCUGUGCCCUGCAGCUGUACCGGGAUCUCCUGCCGAAGCCCGGGGGGAACACCCCGCAAACGGAGUCCCCUCCCGCCGCAGCAGCAGGCGGAGCCCCCCGGGGGGCGGAGGCAGCCAGCGGGUCCGGCUCCGCGUCCGGGUCCGCUUCAGGGUCCGGAUGCUGAAGCAUUUGACUCAAUGGGCCGACUUGAUCUAAAGUGUUUGACUGGCCGGUAGGGCAUUGUCAUGUAUCGUGCGAACUAGGUGAAACCAUGGAGGUUUUUCUACCUCCGUGAUGAAACCUAGCUAGUCUCACUGACUCAUCACUCACUGACUACCGACCUCUCAAUUGCUGACCUUACAUUUCUAUAGCUUCCUUCCGCUGAAAAUGCCGCCAGACUUUUUAAAGUGCACAACAGAGGUUACAUUUCUAACGAACACAAGCAAGUCCCACUGAGUCUGGGUAAAACUGCUAGCGACAACAUCAACUUAAACUAGUUGCAAGGCUGGAUAAUUAUGACGUGCUAAUUGAUCAGUGAAAUGCCUAAAGCAUAGAGGACUUCUCUCCUUUACUGAUGUGCAAUAUGCCGGGUACUAAGUUUUCUUUUGAAAGGACAUUCCAUGAUGAGCCGGGCAGUACUAGUGCAGGAUACUUUUUUUCUCCAACAAAAGUUGCUUAAAUGUAUAAAUAAGAAAAGUAUAUGAAGAAAUGUCUGUAUGAUAUAAUUUUCAUUUCAUGGAAUAGUGUCAGAGAUCUCUUUAUUGUAAAUUUUGCCAAUCAAUGUGACGAAUUCUAUAUAAACUUAAGGUAUAGAAGUAUAAUUAAAGUGUGAAACUAAGUACCGAAUGCGACUUAAUGACUGAUGCGUAAAACAUGCUUGUAAAGCAUCUAAUUUAUUUAAAUUCUUAAAUAUGAUUUGAAAUACUUUCAAAUCCUUCCAGCUUAAUAUCAGAAUAAGGGUGCUCUUAAAUGUAUAUAUGAUUUAUACAUUUGUGAAUGUCAAACAUUCUUAACAUGAUUUAAGUAUAACCAUAACAACUUUUAACUAUGGCCAAACGUCCACUUCGUUCUUCCAUACUAAGAUAAUACUGUAAGCAAUUGUAUAAUUUUGUUGGUUUUCUUGUUUGCAACAAUUGACCAGUGAACUGUAUCCAGUGGAUAAGAUUGAUGGCUUUUUGCUACUGUUCAGAAGAAACGUGGUUUUGCAACGUGAUAUAUUGCAUUUAUUCAUAUGUGAUAGUAAAUGUAUAUUUACAAGUUUGUUAUACAUGCAUAUGCAUUUGUAUUUGAUAUUAUUCCGACUGUGCCACACAGAAUUAUGUGGUGUAUAUCACACAGUCAAAGAUGCAGCUUUGCCAGUAAUUCUAUACAUAUGCCUCGAUGGUAUAAUCUAUAAUGAUCUAUACUAUGGUUUAUACAUUCCGGUUAUAGAAAGGCACAUCUUCGAUAUCUGUAUUGUAAUAUACCUGUAUAUCUGUUGCCUGUUAGUUUAUCAGUGUUCUCGUUUACUGUAGUCAACAACAUUGUCUAGUGCAUCUAGUUACAUUGUUGUAAGAGUGUACAGCAAUUUCCUAGUGUUACCCUGUUUGGCAUAUAAACUCGUUUAGUAGAGACAUAAAUGCAUUUAAAUUCAAUUCUAUGUAGCGUUAUAUAUAAGCAUUUAUACAAGUGCAAUUGUUAUUAUAGUGUUUACGCUAGGGUAAACUGAUGACUACGUCAGUUGACUUUUUGAACGAGGCAUAACAUAUGUCUGCCUUGUCCCCCCGACGACCAGUGUCGGUCAUGGGACUAGGUAGGUAGGUAGGUAACAUCAUUGCAUUCCUUCAACAUAGUCAUACAGUACUAUGAAUUCUUUCAUAUCAAGCUACUGGUAGUAAACUAUGUGCUGGACUUAGAUGAGUUGUCCUUCUUGAUUUCCUUCUUGAUAAUAUACAUCCUAGAAAGAUCAGUGAGUUUAGUCUUCCUUACCUCUAUCAGAAGACCCAGGGUACCACAUGUAAUUACAUCACGUUUGUUCCUAUCACUUUAAAAUAAUUCUGAAUUUGGCUGUACAAGUGACUUUUUUCAAGUAAAUAUUAAUAGAAAACAGAAUGCUACAUUCAUUUGAUACUGCAAUCUUAACAAAGUGAACAGAUAAUCAACGUUACACAACCAUCUUCAGAACUUCAUUUACCAUAAGACUUGUUAUAUACAAAUAAUGUGAACGUCAUUACACUAUGUACAUUGUAUCACAGGUGGAUUAUCAUAUACAUG